CAUCAGUGUUGCCAGUCCUGCGGCAAUUGUGUGGUGUGGGUGUGUUCUAGUUCUACGGCCUUCGGGCCAUCAAAAUCAAAUCCACCGAUUAUCCUUUCCCAUACAUACCUACACUGCUUUUACAUACACGAUGUACACGGCCGGAUAAAAAAUUUCAUUGGCAACACUAAUAGUCAUGGAGUGAAAUAGAUAGCUUAAAAAACUUACAAUAACAUAACCUUAAAAUAAUUUUUGUUGGUACAAGUGUUUUUAUUAUAUUAUUCUACUUGCCUUAGUAAUUUAAAUGAAAAUAAAAUGUUUUCAUCAAAGAACCACACUAUUUUAAGUCAGCUGGUUAGAUUUACAUCAUCGUUUCCAGAAUUUGUAAACAGAAAUCCGAGGAAUCUGGAAAAACUCCGGAUAGCCCGUAAACCAGAUGGUUACCACUUAGAAAAACCUGGACGCAAAUAUUGGCACAAGUUAGCAUUGACAAGGAGCAACAGGACAGUUACAGCACAAGUUUUUCAUUAUGUAAAUGGGCCCGUUGUUGAGGCGAGGACCUCUGAAUGGGCCUUAAGGAAACAACUCUACAGCAUCACAGACACAUCUGCAUACUAUAAUCUGGGCAGAGUUUUUGCUCAAAGAUGUCUGGAAUCGGGCAUCACAGAAAUGUAUUGUGAUAUAAAACCUACAAAAGGAGGAAAAGUUGAAAAGUUUUUGAAUGAAGUUGUUCGUGGUGGAGUUAAACUGGAGGAACCAGAUGUUUACAAGAAACCUAACCCUUGGGAUAUGCACAGACCAGAAAAACCAUGGGAAGUUAUCGAGGAAUAAAAAGUCAUAAAGCCAUAUCUGUACUUGUUAGUUGUGCAAUAAAUUGUAUGUAGUUAAAAAAC